AGCCCGAGAUGAUUAUGAAUUUGUGUGAUUUGUUCUCUUGUCUGCUCGUUUCCCUGUCUUAAACUCUCCAUGCUUAAUUUAAGAUGUUCCAAUGCGGGUAUGUUGUUGUUGUUCAUUCGUUCAGUCGUCUCCGACUCUUCGUGACCUCAUGGACCAGCCCACGCCAGAGCUCCCUGUCGGCCGUCACCACCCCCAGCUCCUUCAAUGCGGGUAUAAUCCUGUUCAAUUGUUUUCCCUCCCCUCUUCACUCUUCCCCAUUAUUCUCUCAGCCAUACUUACGAUUGCCCGGUCUUCUGUUUGUAUUCUGAGAUUUAUGGCUUCAGCCGCCUUCAAUCGUGACCUCCCAGCCUCCUCUCUUUCCUCUUUUGAGCCAGACCCCAGCUAGGAAGUGAUUUAUGAGCCUUUCUGGGCUUUUUGAGGCUUUGAUUGCCUUUAUAGCUAGGAGAGCAAUUGGGCACGGCUACUCUUGUUGACGCAUGCGCAGUCUCUCCCUUCUCUGCCUGCUGUUGAAUCACCUUUGAACUACGGCAAGCUUUUGUGGGAGCCCCCAGUGCCAAAGUGGGUGAAACUGCUGAGCUGCUGAACUUGGUGAUUGAAAGGUUGCUGGUUCGAAUCCGGGGAGCGGCUUGAGCUCCCGCUGUUAGCCCCAGCUUCUGCAAACCUAGUAGUUUGAAAACAUGCAAAUCUGAGUAGAUCAAUAGGUACCACUCCAGUGGGAAGGUGGCCGCGCUCCAUGGAGUCAUGCCAGUGGCCAUAUGACCUUAGAGGGGUCUACGGACAAUGCCGGCUCUGGACUUAAUGUCAGGGGAAAACCUUUACCUUUUAAGCUUUUGUCUCUGUCAAAGCAUGUGAAUUCAUUUCUUGUUUUUAUGAAUCUGUGACUGUUUUUGCUGGUUUCUGUGUAUGUCCUUGAGACCCUGAAUGCCUCUGUGUCCUGGCAUUUCCAUUUUCAACAUGAUUCAUAAAGGCAAACGAGGUUAAUAUUGGAGGUAAAGGGGGUUUGGGGCUUCAUCUUUAAACUUUUGCUUCUUCUUUCUUGAACAGGGCCCCAUCCAGCAUCUGUUCGAAAGCCUCCAAAGGAGCCUCCACGACACUUUGAGGCAGAGAAUUCCACUGCUGUACAUCUCUUACAGUCAGGAAGUUCUUCCUAAUGUUGAGAUGGAAUCUCCUGUAAUUUGAACCCAUUUCUGCGAGUAAUCAGAAAGAGGAAAACAAGUGUCAGGUGUCCAUAUUUGAAUUAAAGGUACAUAACGCUGUCAACAUGGAGAAGAAUGCAUAUAAAUGUAUUAAAUGUGGAAAGAGCUUUAAUCAGCAUGGAAAACUGAAGAUACAUCAAAGGACUCACACUGAGGAGAAACCCUAUAAAUGUCUAGAGUGUGGGAAGAGUUUCACUCUGAGUUCAGAUCUACGUAAACAUCAAAGGACUCACACUGGGGAGAAACCCUAUAAAUGCCUAGAGUGUGGACAGAGCUUCACUCAGAGUUCACAUCUACAUUCACAUCAAUGGAUUCACACUGGGGAAAAACCCUAUAAAUGCCUGGAGUGUGGACAGAGCUUCACUCAGAGUUCACAUCUACGUUCACAUCAAAGGACUCAUACUGGGGAGAAACCCUAUAAAUGCCGGGAGUGUGGACAGAGCUUCACUCUGAGAGGAAAUUUACGUAGACAUCAAAGAAUUCACACUGGGGAGAAACCCUAUAAAUGUCUGGAGUGUGGACAGAGCUUCAUUCAGAGUUCAGGUCUACGAUCACAUCAAAGGACUCACACUGGGGAGAAACCCUAUAAAUGCCUGGAGUGUGGACAGAGCUUCACUCAUAGUACAGCUCUAAAAAUACAUCAAAGGACCCACACUGGGGAGAAACCCUAUAAAUGCCUGGAGUGUGGACAGAGCUUCACCCAGAAGGAAAAUCUACAUAGACAUCAAAGAACUCACACUGGGGAGAAACCAUAUAAAUGUCUGGAGAUUCACACUGGCGGGAAACCCUAUAACUGCCUAGAGUGUGGAAAGAGCUUUGCUCACAGUGGAGUCCUACGCUCACAUCAAAGGACCCACACUGGGGAGAAACCCUAUAAAUGUCUGGAGUGUGGAAAGAGCUUUGCUCACAGUGGAGUCCUACGUUCACAUCAAAGAACUCACACUGGGGAGAAACCCUAUAAAUGCCUGGAGUGUGGACAGAGCUUCAUUCAGAGUUCAGGUCUACGAUCACAUCAAAGGACUCAUACUAGGGAGAAACCCUAUAAAUGCCUGGAGUGUGGACAGAGCUUCACUCAAAGUACAGCUCUAAAAAGACAUCAAAGGAUUCACACUGGGGAGAAACCCUAUAAAUGUCUGGAGUGUGGAAAGAGCUUUGCUCACAGUGGAGUCCUACGUUCACAUCAAAGAACUCACACUGGGGAGAAACCCUAUAAAUGCUUGGAGUGUGGACAGAGCUUCAUUCAGAGUUCAGGUCUACGUUCACAUCAAAGGACUCACACUGGGGAGAAACCCUAUAAAUGCCUAGAGUGUGGACAGAGCUUCAUUCAGAGUUCAGGUCUACGAUCACAUGAAAGGACUCACACUGGGGAGAAACCCUAUACAUGCCUGGAGUGUGGACAGAGCUUCAUUCAAAGUUCAUCUCUAAGUUCACAUCAAAGGAUUCACACUGGGGAGAAACCCUAUAAAUGCCUGGAAUGUGGGCAGAGCUUCAUUCAGAGUUCAAAGCUAUAUAUACAUCAAAGGAUUCACACUGGGGAGAAACCCUAUACAUGCCUGGAGUGUGGAAAGAGCUUCUCUUAUAGUUCAGGUCUACGUUCCCAUCAAAGGAUUCACACUGGGGAGAAACCCUAUACAUGCCUGGAAUGUAGACAGAGCUUCACUCAGAGGGCACAUCUACAUAGACAUGAAAGGACUCACACUGGGGAGAAACCCUAUACAUGCCUGGAGUGUGAACAGAGCUUCACUCAGAGUGGAGACCUACGUUCCCAUCAAAGGACUCACACUGGGGAAAAACCCUAUAAAUGCUUGGAGUGUGGACAGAGCUUCAUUCAAAGUUCAUCUCUAUGUAGGCAUCGAAGGACUCACACUGGGGAGAAACCCUAUAAAUGCUUGGAGUGUGGACAUAGCUUCACUUUGAGGGGAACACUACAUAGUCAUCAGAGGACUCACACUGGGGAGAAACCCUUUAAAUGCCUGGAGUGUGGAAAGAGCUUCACUCGUAGUUCACGUCUACGUUCACAUCAAAGGAUUCACACUGGGGAGAAAUCCUAUACAUGCCUGGAGUGUGGACAGAGCUUCACUCAGAGUAGAGACCUACGUUCCCAUCAAAGGGCUCACACUGGGGAGAAACCCUAUAAGUGCUUAGAGUGCGGACAGAGCUUCACUGACAGUGGAAGUCUACGUAAACAUCAAAGGAUUCACACUGGGGAGAAACCCUAUAAGUGCCUGGAAUGUGGACAGAGGUUCACUCAGAGUGGAUGUCUACGUAAACAUCAAAGGAUUCACACUGGGGAGAAACCCUAUAAGUGCCUAGAAUGUGGACAGAGGUUCACUCAGAGUGGAAAUCUACGAUCACAUCAAAGGACUCACACUAGGGAGAAACCCCGUGAAAGUGUGGAGUGUUGAAAGAGCUUAGCUGAGAGUUCAGACCUACAUAUACAUAGAUUUUCACUGGAGACAACAGUGGCAUUUGACCUAAAUACCACUCUCCAAGCUUUUCAUGUUGGUUACACACUCUUUAGACAUGCAUCCUUUCGUGACGUGGUAGUUCAGUUUAAGAAACCAGAGGUUAAACCAAUCCCAUGUAAGAUUUUCAAUAUAUAUAAUAUAAUAA